GUUGGUGGGCCAGGCUGUGGUGCCCACCCGGUGAUGAGGGCCAAGGCUCCUCACACAGGCCACUGAGAGCCGCACGUGCCCCUGGCCGCCACCAUGGCCCGCCUGGCUGCCGUGCUCUGGAGUCUCUGUGUCACUGCCGUUCUGGUCACCUCGGCCACUCAAGGCCUGAGCCGGGCUGGGCUCCCAUUCGGGCUGAUGCGCCGGGAGCUGGCGUGCGAAGGUUACCCCAUUGAGCUGCGGUGCCCGGGCAGUGACGUCAUCAUGGUGGAAAACGCCAACUACGGGCGCACAGAUGACAAGAUCUGCGAUGCUGACCCUUUCCAGAUGGAAAACGUGCAGUGCUACCUCCCUGACGCCUUCAAGAUUAUGUCCCAAAGGUGUAACAACCGUACCCAGUGCGUGGUGGUUGCUGGCUCCGACGCCUUUCCCGACCCCUGUCCCGGGACCUACAAGUACCUGGAGGUGCAGUACGACUGUGUCCCCUACAAAGUGGAGCAGAAAGUCUUUGUGUGCCCAGGGACGCUGCAGAAGGUGCUGGAGCCCACCUCAACGCAUGAGUCGGAGCACCAGUCAGGUGCGUGGUGCAAGGACCCUCUGCAGGCGGGUGACCGCAUCUACGUCAUGCCCUGGAUCCCCUACCGCACGGACACGCUCACCGAGUACGCCUCGUGGGAGGACUACGUGGCUGCGCGCCACACUACCACCUACCGGCUGCCCAACCGUGUGGACGGCACGGGCUUUGUGGUCUAUGACGGCGCUGUCUUCUACAACAAGGAGCGAACGCGCAACAUCGUCAAGUAUGAUCUGCGGACGCGCAUCAAGAGCGGGGAGACGGUCAUCAACACGGCCAACUACCAUGACACGUCACCCUACCGCUGGGGCGGCAAGACUGACAUCGACCUGGCUGUGGAUGAGAACGGGCUGUGGGUCAUCUAUGCCACCGAGGGCAACAACGGGCGGCUGGUAGUGAGCCAGCUCAACCCCUACACUCUGCGCUUCGAGGGCACGUGGGAGACCGGCUAUGAUAAGCGCUCAGCCUCCAAUGCCUUCAUGGUGUGUGGUGUGCUCUAUGUGCUGCGCUCCGUGUAUGUGGAUGACGACAGCGAGGCCGCUGGCAACCGUGUGGACUACGCCUUCAACACCAACGCCAACCGCGAGGAGCCUGUCAGCCUGGCCUUUCCCAACCCCUACCAGUUUGUCUCCUCUGUGGACUAUAACCCGCGUGACAACCAGCUGUAUGUCUGGAACAACUACUUUGUGGUGCGCUACAGCCUGGAAUUCGGGCCACCAGACCCCAGCGCUGGCCCAGCGACAUCCCCACCCCUCAGCACGACCACCACCGCCCGGCCCACACCCCUCACCAGCACAGCCUCACCUGCAGCUACCACCCCACUCCGCCGAGCGCCCCUCACCACACACCCGGUGGGCGCCAUCAACCAGCUGGGACCUGACCUGCCUGCAGCCACAGCCCCUGCCCCAAGCACUCGGCGGCCCCCAGCCCCCAACCUGCACGUGUCCCCUGAGCUCUUCUGUGAACCCCGAGAGGUGCGGCGAGUCCAGUGGCCGGCAACCCAACAGGGCAUGCUGGUGGAGAGGCCUUGCCCCAAGGGCACCCGAGGAAUUGCCUCAUUCCAGUGUCUGCCAGCCCUGGGGCUCUGGAACCCCCGGGGCCCUGAUCUCAGCAACUGCACCUCCCCCUGGGUCAACCAGGUGGCCCAAAAGAUCAAAAGUGGAGAGAAUGCGGCCAACAUCGCCAGCGAACUGGCCCGCCACACUCGGGGCUCCAUCUAUGCAGGGGACGUGUCCUCGUCGGUGAAGCUCAUGGAGCAGCUCCUAGACAUCCUGGAUGCCCAGCUGCAGGCCUUGCGGCCCAUUGAGCGGGAGUCAGCCGGGAAGAACUACAACAAGAUGCACAAACGAGAGCGAACCUGCAAGGAUUACAUCAAGGCUGUGGUGGAGACGGUGGACAACCUCCUCCGGCCAGAGGCACUCGAGUCGUGGAAGGACAUGAAUGCCACGGAGCAGGUGCACACAGCCACCAUGCUCCUAGAUGUGCUAGAGGAGGGCGCCUUCCUGCUGGCCGACAACGUCAGGGAGCCUGCCCGCUUCCUGGCCGCCAAGCAGAAUGUGGUCCUGGAGGUCACUGUCCUGAACACGGAGGGCCAGGUGCAGGAACUGGUCUUCCCCCAGGAGUAUCCCAGUGAGAACUCCAUCCAGCUGUCUGCCAACACCAUCAAGCAGAACAGCCGCAAUGGGGUGGUCAAAGUUGUCUUCAUCCUCUACAACAACUUGGGCCUUUUCCUGUCCACGGAGAAUGCCACAGUGAAGCUGGCGGGUGAGGCAGGCACGGGGGGUACCGGGGGUGCCUCCCUGGUGGUGAACUCGCAGGUCAUCGCAGCAUCCAUUAACAAGGAGUCCAGUCGCGUCUUCCUCAUGGAUCCUGUCAUCUUCACCGUGGCCCAUCUGGAGGCCAAGAACCACUUCAACGCCAACUGCUCCUUCUGGAACUACUCAGAGCGCUCCAUGUUGGGCUACUGGUCGACCCAGGGCUGCCGCCUGGUGGAGUCCAACAAGACCCACACCACCUGUGCCUGCAGCCACCUCACCAACUUCGCCGUGCUCAUGGCUCACCGAGAGAUCUACCAGGGCCGCAUCAACGAGCUGCUGCUGUCAGUCAUCACCUGGGUGGGCAUUGUCAUCUCCUUGGUCUGCCUGGCUAUCUGCAUCUCCACCUUCUGCUUCCUGCGGGGGCUGCAGACCGACCGCAACACCAUCCACAAGAACCUGUGCAUCAACCUCUUCCUGGCUGAGCUGCUCUUCCUGGUCGGGAUAGACAAGACUCAGUAUGAGAUCGCCUGCCCCAUCUUUGCUGGCCUGCUGCACUACUUCUUCCUGGCUGCCUUCUCCUGGCUGUGCCUGGAGGGCGUGCACCUCUACCUGCUGCUGGUGGAAGUGUUUGAGAGCGAGUACUCCCGCACCAAGUACUACUACCUGGGUGGCUACUGCUUCCCUGCCCUGGUGGUGGGCAUUGCGGCAGCCAUUGACUACCGCAGCUAUGGCACCGAGAAGGCCUGCUGGCUCCGAGUGGACAAUUACUUCAUCUGGAGCUUCAUUGGGCCUGUCUCCUUUGUCAUCGUGGUGAACCUGGUGUUCCUCAUGGUGACCCUGCACAAGAUGAUCCGAAGCUCCUCUGUGCUCAAGCCAGACUCCAGUCGCCUCGACAACAUUAAGUCCUGGGCCCUGGGGGCCAUCGCGCUGCUCUUCCUACUGGGGCUCACCUGGGCUUUUGGACUCCUCUUCAUCAACAAGGAGUCAGUGGUCAUGGCCUAUCUCUUCACCACCUUCAACGCCUUCCAGGGGGUCUUCAUCUUCGUCUUUCACUGCGCCUUACAGAAGAAGGUGCACAAGGAGUACAGCAAGUGCCUGCGUCACUCCUAUUGCUGCAUCCGCUCCCCGCCAGGGGGCACGCAUGGCUCCCUUAAGACCUCAGCCAUGCGAAGCAAUACCCGCUACUACACGGGCACCCAGAGCCGAAUCCGGAGAAUGUGGAAUGACACAGUGAGGAAACAGACAGAGUCCUCCUUCAUGGCAGGGGACAUCAAUAGCACACCCACCCUGAACCGAGGUGCCAUGGGAAACCACCUCCUGACCAACCCCGUGCUGCAGCCCCGAGGGGGCACCAGCCCCUACAACACCCUCAUCGCUGAGUCAGUGGGCUUCAACCCCUCCUCACCCCCUGUCUUCAACUCCCCAGGAAGCUACCGGGAGCCCAAGCACCCCUUGGGAGGCCGGGAAGCCUGCGGCAUGGACACCCUGCCCCUUAAUGGCAACUUCAACAACAGCUAUUCUUUGCGAAGUGGAGACUUCCCACCAGGGGACGGGGCCCCCGAGCCACCGAGAGGCCGUAACCUGGCCGAUGCCGCAGCCUUCGAGAAGAUGAUCAUCUCGGAGCUGGUGCACAACAACCUGAGAGGUGGCAGCAGCGGAGCCAAGGGCCCGCCGCCACCUGAGCCCCCCGUGCCACCUGUGCCAGGGGGUGGUGGUGAGGAAGAGGCCAGUGGGCCCGGGAGUGCUGACCGGGCGGAGAUUGAACUUCUCUACAAGGCCCUGGAGGAGCCACUGCUGCUGCCCCGGGCCCAGUCGGUGCUGUAUCAGAGUGACCUGGACGAGUCCGAGAGCUGCACGGCAGAGGAUGGCGCCACCAGCCGGCCCCUCUCCUCCCCUCCAGGCCGGGACUCCCUCUAUGCCAGUGGGGCCAACCUGCGGGACUCGCCCUCCUACCCGGACAGCAGCCCUGAGGGACCCAGUGAGGCCCUGCCCCCACCUCCACCUGCACCUCCAGGGCCCCCCGAAAUCUACUACACCUCUCGCCCACCAGCCCUGGUGGCCCGGAACCCCCUGCAGGGUUACUACCAGGUGCGGCGGCCUAGCCAUGAGGGCUACCUGGCGGCCCCAGGCCUUGAGGGGCCAGGGCCCGAUGGAGACGGGCAGAUGCAGCUGGUCACCAGUCUCUGAGGUACUUGAGGACCAGGGGCUGGCAGCCCGGGCCAGGGAGGAGACCCUGGGCAGGGCCCUGGUGAGAGAGGGAGACUGGUGGAGGUAGUGGCUGGUGGACCGCUCUCUCCAGUACCCCUUGGCCAUGGGCCCUAGGGUCCCCUCUGGGGGCUCUGAUAUGGGGGCCCGAGGCGCCAGGGUUCACAGACAGGGUUUCCCACCAGCCACUCGCACCAGCUGUUUGGGAGAAGGCCAGCGAGGAGCCCAGAGGCCCCAGGGAGUUAGGAGGGAGAGCCCAGCAGGGUGCAGCCCGCUUCUUGACUCUCCCCCUCCCCCUAUCCUGCCACCCCUGGAGGGAGCAGCAAGGGCUCUGGUCUCCCUGGGGGUGGGGCAGCUUCUGAGGUUGCCAAAGGCUUCCCUGGCUGUAGGAAGGUGGACAGGCUGCUCCCGCAUGGCAGCUCCUGCUUCCUGGUGACCAGGUCCUGCAGCCUGAGAGGAAGCCCAGCUGUGGCCCAGGGGACGGGCGGUGGCCAGUGGUCUCAAGGUGGAACUUUCUGAAGCUCCUGCCCCCUUGCUGUUAUCCCGCCUCCCCAGCAAGCCUGCCCCCCCAGAGUACACCCAAUGACCCCUCCUGGGGUGACUCCUGACGAAGCACAACCCCCCCGCGCGGCCCAGCCUACGAUGGCUCCCAG